AGAAGGAAGGAAAAUUUUUUGCUUUUGUUUUCACUCAAUAAUUGACAGUUUUUUUUGCGAUUGCAAUCGAAUACUAAAAUCUUUUUCAACUUCACUCUUCGCAGCAAAGUCGAUUGAAUGCGCAUAAUGCGGAUCGGCCGUGCGAAUGUUGUGCGUAUAGAAAAUAAAAGUAGUUUUUGAAGUGUUUAAAUUACAAACUUUCUUGUAUUUGGUUAGUUAAUAGCAACGCUUCAGUAUUUUUGCAUAUUCAGCAUUUUCUUAAGCAUCGCCUCGUGGAAUUAUGUCUAGCAGUGAACUGACUCCGAAGGAAUCUCUGCAUUUUCUAAGAAUUCCUCCCAAAACGACCACAAAAUUGUAACCAUCGCUUGUCAGCGUAUUUAAAGAAAAAAAUAUGAAAACAUCCCCAUUCGUGUUCACUAAGAUUCCUUUCCAUCACGGAAGACGUUGCGUGAUUUCUACUUUUAUACUAUUGAGCUGGUAAGAUCUGUCUAGUUUAUUAUUGAAAACCAGUAAGUGGUAAGAUUAGCUUGUAAGGGUUUGGAAUAAACAGCUUCAAUUUAAUGCAAUUCAUUUUGAUGUGCAACAAACGUAUAGGAUAUUGCACAAAUUCGCAUAGUAUGUCUUUGGUUAUUAAACUUCAACGCCAAUAAACUUUGCAUAGUAUUCUCUUUUCUAUGAUAAAUUUCUCAUACAAUAUUUUUGUUCUCUUAAGUUGAACGUCGACGCCGUUUCAACAUAAAUGAUAAAAUCAAAGAACUUGGCACUUUACUACCGCGUAACAUUGAGGGAUCCAGCAGUGACAUAAGCGGAAAGGAUGGUCGCGUUAACAAAGGAACGAUACUAAAGGGAACUGUUGAUUACGUCAAAGAGUUGAAGCAAGAGGUUAGCGCCCUGAAACGGAACGGUGACUUGCUGGUAGCGAUAAAAAAUGAAAAUGUUAUCCUGCAGCACAAACUGGCGGUAAACUAGGUUUUCUUUUCAUUAAUCUAUAAGUUAAUAUAAUUCGCUGGGUCCCAUUGAUUUCUACCAAACGUUUGAGAAGAUUCUACCAAUUUACAGUAUUUCAUUGUUAUAUUUUAAACCUAAUUGAAAUUUUAAGAUUUUCAGCAUUUCUGAAUGUAAGUAGUUGUUCCAAUGAUUUUUCUCUGAACAAUAAAUAAUCGUCCUUCCCUUUAGUUUACCUCUUCUAUUCCGACAGAAUGGUCAUUGGGAGGAAUUCUAGGAAAAAUAACCAACGUUUUUGCCAAUGGUCUAUUUUAGCCAAACAUCGACCAACAGCCGUCAUCAAACAAACAAGGCAUUGUGCGGGUUAAGUUUUACCUUUAUGUGGAAAUGUGCGAAAAUAACCUGCAACUAGAGAACCAUGUCAAACGAUUGCAAAACCUUCGCAAGGAAUUAAACUACAUUAAGGAAACAGAUUGGCAGUACGAAAGUAUGGAUAAAUUUUUAGGUCAAAACUAAUUUCAAAUAGUGCGACGAAAACAAUAUAUGUUGGUCCAUUGAUAGUGAUUCAUUGAUUGUCAACAGUGCAUUAAGUACUAGUGCGAAAUACCCGGUGAAAAUGUUUCGAUUAGUAGGGAAGCUUGUAUUAGAUUUAGUCACUACUAUUGGUGGCUCAAAGGAGUCGAAGGAAGAGCAAAUCAAACGAUUAGAAGCACAAUUAGAAGAUGACGACAAGGACGACGAAACAGAGAGGAAGUGUUUGGAGAUCGACCAGAAGAAGGAGGCAACAAACUGUUUUCAACAGACAGGAAAUGUCACAAAAAUUGAAGCCAACUGUAUUAUCAUAGAUGGAACCUUGUAUGUGGAUAAAAAGGUAUUGGAGACAUGUCCUUUUCAGCACCAGCUGGAAUUAGGUUCUCGUGUAUCCUACCUAGCUUAUAGAACAACCGAUGACGAACAGACAAAAGUAAUCAAACUUGAAUCUCUGCUCAGUGAAAUUUGGGGAAAUGACAAGGACAGUCUACAAACGCCAGCCGAAGAGGUCGAACUGGUGCACGAGAUAGAUCCUACGUACUUCAACUUUAAUCAGCGUAGCGAGCAGGGAACGGUUACUGCAAAGCGUCGUGGACUACUGACUGUUGAAACCGACCAGGGAGAGUACUCUGUUGACAUGGAUAAUUUAACUAUGACAUUCAUUCCGGAAGUUGGUGAUUACGUCGUGCUGGAUUGUAUGGUGCAAAUUGAUGAAACCUAUUUUGACACCCGUGGUAACAUUCUUGAAGUACGUGGAAUUGCACCUACCCGACUAGUUCAAGGAACCGGUUUUGUAACUAAAGCAGAUAACGAAGGAGGUGAAAUAAGAAGCGAUGAUGGUGUUUACACCUAUCUUGCUGAUAUUUGUGAAUCCGGCCAGCAACCAAACCAGGGCGAUAAAGUUGUUUUCGAAGCAGUAGAAAAUGCAGAACUAAGCUACCGAUGCACUAAGAUACUGAUCGAAGUUGCUGCAGUUCGCCAAGUUGAAACAAGUAAAGAGGAAACGAAGUCAAAAUUCGACGAUGAUUUUUUUGACAACAAGCGAGGUAUUAAAAUUACUGAUGAUAUUGUCGUAAAAUUGAAAGAGCUCAAUGAAUCCCAACAAUUUGACGUGCUAAUUAGUAACGAGAGCGAUCGACCUCAUAAAAUCCUGCGUUCUUUAUUUAUGUCAAACAAACAGACCUCUCAACUGCGAUUGUUGCACCCAAAGCUGAUGGAUAUAAUCGCUCUCAGACCGGGUGAUACGGCUAAGUAUUCGUUUGAAAUUACUAGCAGCAAUUAUGGAAUAAGCAAAGAAGUUUUUAUGUGGUCCUUUGGAGGUUUUAAAAUUGCUAGAUAUUUUACUAUAAUCGUGGGUGAUGGUGAUAAUAUUCAGGCUCAAAAAGUUAAUGAAGGUAGCACCGCAGCACGAACAGCUGCUGGUGGGCAUCGUCUGGCAGCUUGGAAUAUUUAUAAACGCGGUGGUGAAGUAACACCUGGUCAAAAAAUCAGUAAACGUGCCAAUUUCAUCGAUAUUAAGAUAGGAGGUUAUCAUGUUCCGGAUGAACUCAAGCAAAUACUUCUUAACCCGGCGUCAAAUCGAACUCAAAUCGACGAAGAAUUGGAUCGCACACAGCGCUGCUUUCAGCGCCCACUAUGCCCAGAUACCUAUCGGGCAUUAUUUAAAACAUUCCUGUGGAUGGAGGAUGUGCAGUGUGAAAUUUCCAUCACCCGAUUUAAUAUGGAUCGUGCUCAUUUUACACGUGAAGACGGCUAUCUUGCCUUGCGUAUAGAAAACAUUGGUGAAGCCAGACCAUCACUGAUCCCUGGUGAUAAAUUAAUUGCAACUACUCCAUGGGUCUCUCAAAAUGAUGUCGGCAAUGGGGCAUUUAUUCACAAAGUCAUGAAACACAAAAUCCUGGUGAAAUUCAGUGAACAUUUCCACGAGAAAUACAACGGCGAAGAUUACAAGCUGAUUUUUCAGCCUACAAGAGGCGCAUUCCAAAAGCAGCAUCAUGCCAUAAUGUGCGUGACAAGUGCGCUGGGCACUGACUAUCUGUUUCCAACAAAAACUAAUAUUCGCGAACCAUGGAUCGACCUAAAACUCAACGAGAAAUGCAACUUAGCUACUAAUGAGUUCAACAACGAAUUCCAGUGGUUCAAUCCAUUAUUGAAUGAAAUUCAAAAAGAAGCCAUCAAAAACAUUCUGCGGUCUGAAUCGAGACCACUACCAUAUGUUAUUUUUGGUCCACCAGGAACUGGUAAAACAAUGACCAUUAUAGAAUUGAUCCAUCAAAUUGUUAAACUGUCAGCCGACAGUCGCAUCAUGGUUGGAACACCUUCCAACAGUUCAGCUAAUUUGAUUACCGAAAGAUUAAUUGAAAGUAAAGUGCUCCGUCCGGGUGAAUUUAUUCGGAUUGUGGGAUUAAACUAUGUGGAACAAGAGCUAGUUCCAGAACACCUGGCGCCAUACUGCGGAACAGUUGAUAUUGCUUCCGAAAGAACGGUAAAGGAUGAAGUCAUUAUAACCGAAUCUGGGCUAAAGCACAAGCUACAAUUAAAACAUUUGGGGCGACAUCGCAUAACAAUCGGAACAUGUGUUACCCUAGGCACGAUGAUGCAAAUUCGGUUUCCAAGAAAUCACUUUACCCACGUCAUAAUAGAUGAAGCAGGUCAGUGUUUGGAGACAGAAACACUUAUUCCAAUGACAUUCAUCAACAAGGUUUGUGGCACGGUUGUUCUCGCAGGUGAUCCAAUGCAGCUUGGACCUGUGGUCAUGAGUCCUCAUGCAUCCGACCGAGGUUUCAAUACAUCUCUGUUAGUUCGUUUAAUGGAAACUCCUCUAUAUAAAUCAGAUAAAGUUCGGUUUCCCGACACUGGUGGAUUUAAUCCAAGACUGGUGACUAAACUUCGUUAUAACUACCGAUCAAUACCCUGCAUCUUAGACCUCUACAGCGAACUAUUUUAUGAAUCUUCUCUUGUCUCGUGUAUCGCUGCAGAAGGCAGCAUGGAAGCAAAGUUCCUUGAAUCAGUCUACGAUAUUCUGCCAGUUAAAUGUAAUCAACGACCUCACUACGGGUUUGUGUUCUGGGGCGUGAAUGGAGUCAACAAGCAAACACCAGAAAGUCCUUCGUGGUUUAAUCCGGCAGAGGCGAAAAGUGUUUUUAAUUUUCUUUUAAAGUUGUACAAAAAAGGUAUACGGCCAGAAGAUAUUGGAAUCAUAACACCCUACCAACAGCAAGCAAAAACGAUUCGACGUAUCUUGGACGAAAGCAAUCUUCAGCGCCCAAAAAUAGGAAGUGUCGAAGAGUUUCAAGGUCAGGAACGGCUGGUUAUACUCAUCUCAACUGUCCGAACUUCAAAAUCACAACUGUUAAGCGACCAGCAACAUGCCCUAGGUUUUGUAGCCAGCCCGAAGAGGUUAAAUGUGGCUAUUUCUCGAGCCAAAUCGCUGCUCGUAAUUUUUGGCAGCCCACAUUUGCUAUCGGCCGAUAAACAGUGGCUUAAACUGUUGAACAAAUCAAUUAAUAACGAUACUUACUGCGGAUGUGACCUCCCGGAUCACAUCACUCCAGUAAACGGCUCGAACGGGCACCAUAAUGAUGAAAUAUAGUUUUUUUUAUUCAAAUUGAAAACUUUGUAUGCGCAUAUAGAUGUCAUGAUUAAAAAUCUACGUAUUAGGUAUUAGGAAAAUCA